CGAACAGCCCAGUCGUAGUAUUUCCGACAGCCCUUGAAAGCAGCAAUUUCUUUUCUUUUCUUGAAGGCUGAACUUUUUCCUGCUUGUAACCCGAGUCUGUGGCGCGCGCCUCUCAGAGCAGAUUCAAAAUGGUUUCCACGACCAUCAAAAGCGCGUUGGUGCGCGCGCUGAGCGAUCUGCCUAAAGAUGACUUCCUCGCGUUCUGUCACGCACUGAGGGACCGCCGCGCGCCGCCGCGGGUCCCCUACAGCCGCGUGGAGGACCGCAGCGCCCCGCAGAUCGCAGAGCAGCUGGUGUCCACCUUCACGGAGCGCACUGCGCGCGAGGUGACUCUGGAGCUGCUGCGGCAGAUCCACUGCAACGAGGCGGCGGAGGCGAUGGAUUCAACAACCAAAGCCUGCGUGGACAAAGGCAACCCCGACUUCCGGAGGACGUCGACCGGGAAGCUGGAGACGAAGCCCUCGCUGGAGGCUCGGAGGCACGUGGCCGGCGGCGGCCCCCCGCGGGCGAGGUCGCCAGAGGAGGCGGGGGAGGGCGGCGCCGCUGCCAGCGGAUGGCUGGAGCUGAGUGGGCGGAGCAUCCAGUUCGGCAAGUACACAGGCCAAAGCCUCAAAUGGCUGCUGGAGAACGACGUGGGCUACGUCGCCUACCUGUUGGCGGAGCCCCCGGGGCCACGAGAGCAGAAGAAGGAUUCCUUGAUCCAAUACGCAAAAGCCUACCCCGAGGUCUGGGACGAGGUCAGAAUUCAACGCGGGAACAGCAGACCCUCGAAGUCGGCCGUGGGAGGAGGGGCCCUCGUUGGAUUCGGUGUCCACGCAUUGGCCACGCUGCGGGGCCUGUACGGGUCCAAGGACCCGCAGAAGAGGAGCUACGUCGAGUUCCUCCGGAAAAAGAGUUCGUCCUGCGACCCAGGAUCCAAAAUGGACGACGCCGUCGGAUACAUCUUGCAGUGUGACCGAAAUAAGGCCAAGCGGACCACCAGGCAGACCACCAGCUUCUCCCCCCGAGCAGUCAGAGAGAGACAACCCGGAGGGGAAGGGGUCCAGAGCUCCAGACGCCGGCCCCCCAGGGCCCCGUGGACGAAGUAGUGGAAGCUGAGCAGGAGCUGGAGGGGGGGGGGGGCGUCCUUCCCCCCGCUGCCCCGUUAGUGACCCCCGUUCCUCUGGAGGUCAGCUGACCCGUGACCCCACGCUCCUCAGACCACGAGAACCAAAGAGUCUCUCUCUGUUUUCACCUCUAAAGCAUUUUAUUUUGUUCUGUCUUUUCUUUCUGACAUUGGCUCUUCAGGUGCAUUUUUUUUAUACUGAGCUUAAUUAAUCAUAUGUACCAAAACAUUUUAUUUAUAUAAUUAAACACCUUCUAUGACAUCUA